AUGGGCGACACACAGGGAUCCAGGAAUCAGAAGCCAACGGCACCAGAUGGUCUCAUCAACACCCAAGCCGGGAGGCAGUACUGGGAGGGCACCCAAGCCGACGUCAACGGCAUGCUCGGUGGCAUCCCUUCCCUGAAAGGCUUUGGCUCUCUCUCAAGAAUCGACCUUCAAGGCUCCCGCACGUUCCUCGCCAGGUUGGGCAUCGGGACCAAGGGCGGCCGCAAACCUGUGACGAACGCUCUCGAGGGCGGUGCGGGCAUCGGCAGAAUCACUGAAGGGCUGCUACUUCACCUUGCCGAGCACGUCGACGUGGUCGAGCCUAUAGCCAAAUUCACAGAAGCACUCAAAGGCAAGCCCGGCGUGCGGGACAUCUUCAACGUCGGACUGGAGGAGUGGAGGCCCAAUGACGGAGCGGAAUACGACCUGAUCUGGACGCAAUGGUGCCUGGGCCACCUCACUGACGAGCAGAUGGUGGAGUAUCUGAAGCUCUGCAAGACGGUUCUCAAACCGGGGUCCGGGGUCAUCGUCAUCAAGGAGAACCUCAGCACCACCGACGUCGACGUCUUUGACGACGAGGAUAGUAGUGUUACGAGACAAGAUGCGACAUUUCGGCACAUUUUUGAGGAGGCCGGCCUGAAGCUCGUGAGGACGGACCUUCAGCGUGGCUUCCCAGAAAUGCCCCCGGUCACGCUGCUUCCCGUCAGGAUGUACGCACUUAAGCCCUGA